CCAAAGCCAAAAUCAGACACACAUAUACACACUCUCAAUUUGGAAGUGCUACUAUCAUCUCUCAGUUACUUGCCCACAGAUUUAUCCUCUCUUUGCAAUGUGGUACAGUGGUAUAGCAAUACGUCGACUGCAGCAGUUCUCACUCACUUCUUUGAAAACCAUUCGAAGUCCUACACAUAUCUUACAGAAGGAGAUGUCAACCCUGCCACGAGUGUAUGUCACCCGGCAGAUACCACCUGAGGGCCUGCGGAUCCUUCGUGAAUCUGGACAAGUUCAGUUUGAGCUGUGGGACUCAGACGACGUCCCUGUCCCAAGACAAGAGUUGCUUCAGAAGGUCAAAGGUGUUGACGCCCUGCUCUGUGUGCUGACAGAGAAGAUUGAUGCAGAACUGUUGGAUGCUGCAGGUCCGAACCUGAAGGUCGUCAGUACUAUGUCUGUGGGUUUUGACCACCUGUCUUUGGAGGAGCUGAAGAAAAGAGAGAUCCGUGUGGGUUAUACACCUGAGGUUUUGACUGAUGCUGUUGCUGAGCUGACUGUGGCUUUAUUACUUACAACCUCCAGGAGGCUCAUAGAGGCCACACAUGAAGCAAAGACUGGAGGCUGGGGAACAUGGAGAACCCUGUGGCUAUGUGGAUAUGAGCUGGCCAACAGCACUGUGGGAAUACUGGGCCUGGGGAGAAUCGGUGUGGCCAUAGCUGAGCGUCUUGCACCUUUCAAAGUGAAGAAGUUCAUCUACACAGACGUAGCCCCCAGACCUGAGCUGGCCAGUUUAAUCAAUGCAGAAUAUGUUUCUUUAGAUGAGCUGGCAAAGCAGUCCGAUUUUUUAGCUGUGUGCUGUGCUUUAACACCGGAGACAAAGGAGAUCUGCAACAAGGACCUCUUCUCCAAGAUGAAAAAUACAUCUGUUUUCAUCAACACAAGCAGGGGGGGUGUAGUGAACCAGGAGGACCUUUAUGAGGCUCUGUCCACUGGGCAAAUUGCAGCAGCUGGACUAGACGUUACCGUUCCUGAGCCGCUGCCCCCCAGCCACCCCCUGUUUACCCUCAAAAACUGUGUGAUUCUCCCUCAUAUCGCCAGUGCCUCCUACACCACCCGGAAUGCCAUGUCGGCCCUGGCAGCAAACAACCUCUUGCUGGGUUUGAGGGGUGAGCCUUUGAUCAAGGAGCUCAAGCUGUGAGAAGAAAAACUACUUUGACUAAACACUGAACAGUUUGGACCUUUAGGAUUGAAAUAAAGCUGGAGCUUUUAUUUUUGUAACAUGUGUCCUUAUUUCAGUUAGUUUUGACUCAUAACUUGACGCUACUUACUCUUUAAUUUCCAUGAUUUUUUUUCUGUUAAUGUGUUGUAUCGUUUAAUAAAUAUC